AUGGACUCCGCUGCAGAUUCUCUGCUCGCGCUGUCUACAACAGCGACUGCGCUAGCGGAAGCUGAGCAACAAUUACAAGACGAUGAUGACCGCUCCAGCAGCCUGAGCGAACUUGAAGGCGACCUCGACGACGAAGAGCUGAGCGACGUCGGCGAUGACGCGGGAGACGAAGCAGAAAUUGACAUUGAUGGUGACGAUGACGAGCUCGAAGAGGGUGAUGAAGAAAUCCAGUCGAAUGACACGCCAAAUCGACACGCGGCGGCCGACGGCGACUCAGAGGCGGAGACCGAGCGCCUCGAAGAGUCGCCCGACAAGCUCAACCGCAGAAAGUCUUUCAUCGCGACGCCCAGCAAGCUAGCGCAACCCCUCCAGAUGAACCACAGUCCCAAUGAGCGACCCGAGAUUGAGAGCUUGACUGACAGCGCAGUCUCUUCUCCUAUCUCGACCAACUCAGAGUCCGACGACGACCUCAGCGACGUGCCAGCUGAGAACGAGGACGAAGAGGCGCCAGAAAAGACUUCACCGGGUGAUGUCUCGCCAAACAAGCGGAAAAGAGACGACGAAGAGCAACUCGAAGACAUACAAGAUCGCAAUCGCAAAAGGAGGACCUUGUCAGACAUCAGCCCGAAUGCAAAACUUCUGCGCGAGACCAUUCCAGAAGUGCCCCAAAGCCGAGAAAGCAAGGCCAAUUCCGAAGAGCCGACCGCAGAAGCCGCCGACGCAGAAGACGCUCAAUCAGACGAAGAAGAGGCAGGUGUCGAAGACACAGAUACAGGCGUGGCCAAGCCAAAGACAAAGAAGCCUACCCCUCCAAGCCGAGUCUCUGCAAGACGAAAAGGCAAGGGUGAUCCUCAGCAGGACGUCGAAGCCGAUGCCGAGGAAGACGGCGAAGGUGGAGACGAUAGCGAAGAGGAGGAAGUGGACGAUGCUGAGGUCGCUGCCAAAAGCGAGGAAGAGCAGGCCAAACGAAUGUCAGCGAUGGAGCAGCUCGGUGUGCUGGAGAAACAUUUCGCGAACCUUCGAGACAGACUCUAUGACGAGAAGAUCGCAGCCAUCAACCACGAGCUGGCUCAGCUGGCUGAACCGACACCCACUCAUCCCGAGCUGAUCAAACAAGUCGCCGUUGUCAAAGCAUACAGAGACGAAAAGAUCGAGAUCGCACAGAAGACGCUGGUCUACAAGAUUGGCGCGCUCAAAACCAAAAGUGUUGCAGAACGAGCACAAGCACACAGCGCCUACUUCCAAGAAACGCGAGAUAUUCGGGAGAGGCACCUCGAAAUUGUCAACGAGCGGUUUGUUCGCAUUCAGCGCGAGAGGUUCAAGUCGGAUACAACGACUCCUACGUAUGCGGUGCCAUUCCCAACCAAGAGGUCGAAACAGGUCAUCCAGCAAACUGCGUACAACAAAGAGGUGUCGCUGCUGUCUGGCGUUGCAAAAUAUGUCGGGUUUCCAGCAGCUCCUGAUUUGAUGCAAACGAGUCAGAAAGACCUGGAAGACGACUUGCAAAAGAUGGGUAUCGCAAAUCAGGGAGCCAUUCCUCGACCCGUGCAAAGGAUGACGAGCACAUACAGCAACAUCUCACAGCAGGCUGCGGCAGACGAGCAGUCGUUCUUGGAUAAGAAUCCUUGGGCUAGUAAUCCUCCCACUGCAGCUUAUAGAAUGGGCAUGAACCGACAGACCUCGAACCAGUCGCCCAUGAACGAAAUGACAUACCUGACGCCAGCACAUCACCAACAACGGCAACCUGACAACAGGCCCGCUAUAAUGGGUUCGGCAUCGACGAUCGCGGAGCAUGCGUCCUCCUCACAGAUCAACACACCGCAUGACGGAUCCGUGAUAAAGCCAGAGCAACAGCAGACCAACGGCUAUCCGUUCGUUGACAGGCGUAACGAGUCGCGAUCUCCGCUGGACACUCGGCGCCCACUGCCGAACGGAGCGGACAACGGGGGACGAGUUGAGAUUGGCUACAACAAUGCACUCUCAUCACCGGUGCCCGGACGGAUGGCUCUCGGUGGCGGCAGCAAUUCUCAGCAACAACGAACGUUCAUGACACUAGCAGACAGCAUGCCGAGUCGGGCUACAGCUUCUCCGACGAUGCCGACAAAGACGGCUGGUAUCACGACGGGGCCAGGACUUGGGAUGUCCAGAUUUUGA